UAUAUAUGAGGCUGUGUAAGAAGACUAGAAGGCAAUUGUGUUAGGAUUCUCCAGGGUUCCAGAAGUUGCCAAAGGAAGAGAAACCGUUCUGCUUUUCCUGCUUCUUCAUAGCCUUUCCAAGCAUCCAAAGGUAGCAGAAAUGAAACAACUUUGGUGCUUCGUUGCUGGAUUGCUUUUAAUGAUUGCUCAGAGCAGCUGGCAAAGCCCCCUUCAAGAGACAGAAGAGAAAGCCAGAUCAUUCAAAGCUUCCCAGGCUGAACCAUUAGAUGACCCUAGACAACUGAAUGAAGCAAAACGUCAUUCACAAGGUACAUUCACCAGCGAUUACAGCAAGUACUUGGACACCAGAAGAGCUCAAGAUUUUGUAGAGUGGCUAAUGAACACUAAAAGAAGCGGACAACAAGGACUUGAAGACACAGAGAAAGAAAAUUUCCUGGACCAGCUUGCAAGUAAUGGACUUGCCCGGCGUCACGCUGAGUACGAGAGACAUGCUGAUGGCACCUAUACCAGUGACAUCAGCUCUUACUUGGAAGGUCAAGCAGCUAAGGAGUUCAUUGCUUGGCUAGUGAAUGGGCGAGGAAGAAGAGAUUUCUCAGAAGGAGCCCAUACAGGUGAAGAUCUUGGUCGAAGACAUGCAGAUGGCACUUUCACCAGUGAUUAUAAUAAACUCCUGGAUGACAUAGCUACCCAGGAAUUCUUGAAGUGGCUGAUUAACCAAAAAGUUACUCAGAGGGACCUUCAGGGAGAAUACCAAUAA